GUGACGAGUCGGUGGCGCCGCGUCUCUUCUGCAGUCCGCGAAAUUUGGCGCAGUACGGGAGCAAACACGACUGAGACACAUAGUCCUUCGUUACAUAUUGAUCGGAAUAUUAUGUCGUGAACUGUGAUAAGUUCACCCGCUUUUUAAGUACUGUGGCUUAUUUGUUAUUGAUUGAUUGAUUUGUCAGUUGUCGCGUAAUGUGGGCGAGAAGGAGCGGCUCUGUCGCACAGGGGACGCAGACGGCGGGACGCCGCGUGCAAGGAAGGGGGCGUGUUCGCCGCGGGACGCGCGCCGACAUGUGACUCGUGGGUAUUUAAAGUGGUUCCGGGCCCCGUUAUAAAUGCGCCACUUGUGGGCUGCCGCUUUCUUCUCCGUGGCCUCUGGUCGCCGUCGUUUGUUCACCGGGAGGCGCGCGCUUUCACGCACACCAUGGCAGACCAAGCGUUUGUGACGCUGGCCACAAAUGACAGCUACGCAAAAGGAGCGAUGGUGCUGGGAAGAUCCCUGCGGAGCCACAAGACGUCCAGGAAACUUGCGGUGCUCAUCGGUCCCCACGUGUCUGAGCCAUUCAGGGCAGUGCUUGACAAGAUCUUCGAUGAAGUCAGGCUGGUGGACGUGCUGGACAGCGAGGACACGGCCCACCUGACCAUGAUGGAGAGACCCGACCUGGGUGUUACUUUGACCAAGCUCCACUGCUGGACCCUCACACACUACUCAAAAUGUGUCUUCAUGGAUGCAGAUACUAUGGUCUUGACAAAUGUGGACGAGUUGUUUGAUAGAGAGGAGCUGUCGGCGGCGCCCGACCCCGGCUGGCCAGACUGCUUCAACUCUGGUGUGUUUGUGUUCCGGCCCUCCAACGAAACCUACGGCAAGCUCCUUCGGUACUGCUCGGAGCACGGCAGCUUUGAUGGUGGGGACCAGGGUGUCUUGAAUGGCUUCUUCAGUAACUGGGCCACUGCGGACAUAUCGAAACACCUCCCUUUCCUUUACAACCUCAGCAGCAUAGCGAUCUACUCCUAUCUUCCGGCCUUUAAGCAGUAUGGUGCCAAUGCCAAGGUGGUCCACUUUCUGGGGAAGAUGAAGCCGUGGAGCUACACGUAUGACACGCGAGCAAAGCAGGUGAAGGGAGACACCCAGGAGGCGGCCACUCACCCAGGCUACCUGCUCAGAUGGUGGGAGAUCUUCUCCACGGCAGUGGUGCCCAUGCUGGCAGAGCAGCACGGCGACCGCCACUUCCACUCGGGAUGUGUGGUGGGUGAGCUUGAAGUCGGGAUGUCGCAGCUCCAGGCGUCGGACCCGGAGCCACCGGCCCUGUCUUCGGAGGAGCGCAAGCAGAGGUGGGAGCAGGGCCAGGCCGAUUACAUGGGAAUGGACUCUUUUGAGAAUAUCCAGAAGAAGCUGGACACUUUCCUCAAGUAAAUGUGGACGGAGGUGGGGCUCGGGGAGGGGGGAACUGUCGCAUGAAUUCCACGAGUGUAAAGUGGUACACGUGCCCAGUGUCCACUUGCUGCCUCGCCUCGGUUUGACCUUCCCGCACAACUCUUCGCAUCUCGAGUCUAGUUAGUAUCGGCAGUGAAAUUCUACACUAAACGUAGCAGAGCAAUAAACCCAACCCGCUGCAGUCGAUAUCGACACAACUGGUGUUGCGUAGCAUGGACUGGUCACCAGUUCAUAUGGAAGGAGGCACUUUAGGCACUUCCUGCAACCCCAACUCAUUAUGGUCAACCUAAGGCGCUCAAGCCCACUUUGGACGUCUUGGAUUCCGACAACCAGAUUGUUCCGUUGACUUGCCGUCUCAUCCCUGCUGUUGAACCAUUGAGGAUGCGAUUAAAACAGCCCCACACACCACCUGUCACAGGGCUUCCUGGAACACUUCUCCCCCACCAGACAUGCCUAGCAGUCCUCCCUGGUGCUGCAGCUCCUUGGAGGCUCUUGUUGGAUGUGUUUGCCGGUAGAUGUGAACCCAGAGACGUACAGUCAUGGUCAGGUGUGUGUGUGUGUGUGUGUGUGUGUGUGUGUGUGUGAGAGAGAGACUUGCAGUAGUUGGGUUCUUUCACCAUUAGUUUCCUGCAGGAUUAUUAUGUGGAAUUGGCCAAAGCUUUAAGCUACAAAAUA